AUGGUCCCAAGCGCUGAGACCAAAUACUUGGGCAUUGCCAAACUCCUGCAGCGUUUUGGAUGGAGGUGGGUUGGCCUCGUCGUUCCAGAAAAUGACAAUGGAGAGAGGCUCACGAGGACUUUGACAGAAGUGCUGGCGAGGGAGGGGAUCUGCGUUGCCUUCUCAGAAAAAAUCCCAGCACUCGUUUUGUACAGAAACAUUUCCCCCAUGAUUGCGUUCCUCGUGCAGAGGCAAGUCAACGUCGCCAUUUUCUCUGGGGACUCUCAAUCUGUUUUCGGUUUAGCUUACGUCAUAUUCCGGGCUGUGAGGAGCAAGCAGCCCACAGCAGGUAAAGUUUGGAUCAUGACGGCUUUGCAGGACAUCAACUUGAGUGCUCUUUACCGCAUGUUUGAUAUGCAAAACAUCCACACUUCAUUGGCCUUCCUAAUGCAGUUCAAAAAGGGGACGAGGUAUGAAAACGUCAAACCGCGGUUUGAUAAGAAAGGGUUUCGUUGCUUUCAUUUGAAGUAUGCGUUGACGGCGAGAGGUCAAAUGAGAUGCGUCGAGAAGAAGGAGAGCAUUUAUCAGGAGGCUGAUGGAGGCAGCUUGACCCUGGACAGCUACAUGAUUUACAGUUUGGUCCGGGCUCUGGUGCUUGCCUUAAGGGCUACAUUUGCAUCCAGAUCCCGGCGGAUGGUGAGGGGAGGUGGAAGCGACUUGGUCUUCCAAAGGGUACAGCCAUGGCAGGUAUUCUUUUCUCCUUCACUGCUAACAUUAUUGCCAGUUCAUUUAAUACCUUGAGUCUAUGGGAGCCAGUGUGGUGCAGUGGUUAAGAGUGGUAGUCUCGUAAUCUGGGGAACCGGGUUCGCGUCUCCGCUCCUCCACAUGUAGCUAGCUGCUGGGUGACCUUGGGCUAGUCACAUUUCUCUGACGUCUCUCAGCCUCACUCACCUCACAGAGUGUUUGUUGUGGGGGAGGAAGGGAAAGGAGAUUGUUAGCUGCUUUGAGACUCCUUAGGGUAGUGAUAAAGCGGGAUAUCAAAUCCAAACUACUACUCCUCUCCUCCUCCUCCUCCUCCUCCUCCUUCUUCUUCUUCUUCUUCUUCUUCCAUUUGUGUUCCUCACAAGUUAGGUUGUCUGCCUUUCUUUAGCAACAUUUAGCAGCCCUCUAUAGGGAAGUUUUCAAUGUUUAAUGUUUUAUGUUUUUGCAUAUGCUGGAAACUGCACAGAGUGGCUGGGACAACUCAGACAGAUGGGCAGGGUGCAGAUAAUAAAAAUGUUGUUGUUAUUGUCAGUUUGCUUUUCUUAGUGCAGAAAGUACUGAUCUGAUGUGUAGUAAUCUUUCCUAUUCUAAUUCAUUCAAGAGGUUUCUGGAAGUUUCUGGAAGCUUCUCUGUACGAAAGAAGCUUCGUGGUUGUUUGGGUUAUACCUUCAGAGAAUCUGAGUACAGCUGGCUUGAACUGGUUUUCUUAUCUCUUCCAAUUAAGGUCAUAUUGACUAUAAAUAUGGGCCAGAAGGAGCCUGGGUCUUACUUUCCCUUUCUAUCUCUCUUCCUCCUGAUGUGAUGUUCUGUAUAUUGUAUGCUUAGUUUAUAAGUUUUUGUAAGUGCUUCAACUGGCUUUUUUGAACUGUGCCAGUCCUGAAUGUACUUGAUUUGUGACCAUUAUGCUCAUUUGCCUUCAGUAGCAAGUAAAAGGUCUAUUUUUGGGGGAGUUUUGCUACGUGUUUAAGUUUUUUUUCUUUCCCAGAAGAGGCUGGGCAACAGUUGUUGUUGUUGUUGCUCAUGAAACCUGAUGAAAACAUAAUGAAAAUUCUUCAGCAAUUUAGUGUGAAUUUCUUCUAAUUAACACAUUUUUUGUAUGCGGUUUUGAUUAAUGUACACAAAUCUGGAAGCAAGUGCUCCUAAAAUAACAUGUUGCGUGCUAUUUUCAUUGAUAUGGCACAUUUUCCCCCUAAUAUACAAAUGUUCAUGAAUGUUGUUUGGUUGGAGGAACUGCAUUGCGAAAUUGGGCUUAGUGCAGAUUUGGAAGGCUGGCUCUGCUCCAGUUCUCUUAUUGUUUUGGAACGUGCAAAUUUGAUAAAUUCAUCUUUGAUCACAAACUGAAAUUGAAUUUCUCCUCCAUCCCCAAUAGGCUGAGAGUUAGUGAGGGUCCAAAGUUCUUCCAAUGGGCAUCAUUUCCUCCUUAGCUGUGGUCAUUGGACCUCAUAAGGCAGGAGGCAGAGGGGUAAAUGACAGGCAAAGUCAAAUGAAUGUUUCGUCCCCAUCCUCUUCCUCGAUGAGUUCUACGAAUGCAACAUUCCAUAGAGGAGGAAGCUGAGAGGCAAUGCUGGCCAUCAGAUUGGUUAAAAGUAAGAAGGCGGGAAAGAUUGAGGGCACAAGGAGAAGGGGAUGACAGAGGACGAGAUGGUUGGACAGUGUUCUCAAAGCUACAAACAUGAGCCUGACCAAACUGUGGGAGGCAGUGGAAGACAGGAGUGCCUGGCGUGCUCUGGUCCAUGGGGUCACGAAGAAUCGGACAUGACUAAACAACAACAACAAGAAGGCGGGCAGGGAGCCUGGCUGAAGGUUGGUGGGCUGGAGCCCCAUUUGCUCUAACUGACCAGCCCCCAUUGCUGUCUGCGGCACUGCAUUCCAAAGGCUGCCCCUUGGAAGCUUGGCUGGACCAAAGAGUUCUCGCCAGUUCACUGUGCCCUUCUCUGCAUGAUGGGAAGGGCCACGGGCCACGCUGGGAGAGUCAGGACAGACAAAAGAAAGCACUCCUUCAUGCAACCAAUAGUUAAUCUAUGGGACUCACUCCCACAGAAGGCAGUGAUGGCCACCAAUUGGAAUGGCUUCAAAAGAAAAACAGACAAGUCCACAGAGAAGCCUAUCAAUGGCUACUAAGCCACGAUGACCCUGUUCUGCUCCUAAAUACCUGCUGCGGAGAGCAUUGCAGGUGUGCUCCGGUCCUGUUUGUGAGGAGAAUCAGAGCUUACAGGGUUAAACUGUUAUGUACUGAAGUUCUCACCCCAGGCCAGCAGGGGGAUACUGUAGAUAGUUAUGCAAAUAAGGGAUCGAAAGUGACGUUCAGUGAUUGGAUAGUUUUAGAAAGUUGUUACAGUAACAUUGUACUGGAGCUCUAUAUAAGCAGGCUGACUGAGCCCUUCAGUUCAGUUCUGUCCUGGCUUGUGAAUAAACAAGAGCUGUUUGAAGAAUCGCUGUGUUGUCUGAUAUGUUCACCACAACUUAACAUAAACAGCCCAGAGUAAGCGUCCUGCCCACUGGGGAGUGGUUUCCCUCAUCUGGGAAUCUGUUCUUUGUGUUCAGUCUCCUUUUGGUUUUGACUGAGAUGGGAGACAAGAUGCCGUCUCUGGAGUUUCUGAUUUAUUGCUGCUGUACAUAAUAAAGCUUCUUAGAUUAGUGAAGAAGCUGCAUACAGACUCUGUUUUCCUGCAUGCUCAAACACAAAGCACAUGGCGUGCCUACACUCCGCUACAGUCCGGAGAAGCUGAGCAGUGGCAGUGGAAGUGUACCGGACCUCAUUACUUCACAGUUUGUGGGUUUCCGACAGGCUUGGUUUGGCCAAUGGGAGAACAGGAUGCUGGGCUGUUCAUAUUCCAGGACAGUGUUUCCCAAACUUGGGUCUCCAGCUGUUGUUGGACUACAACACCCAUCAUCCCUAGCUAGCAGGACCAGUGGUCAUGGAUGAUGGGCAUUGUAGUCCAAAAGCUGCUGGAGACCCAAGUUUGGGAAACGCUGUUCCAGAACAUGCUUGCUUAUCUAUGCUCAGAAAUUUUGGAGGUCCAACAAGGCAGGUUUGCAAUAUCCGACUUCCAUUUCUAAAUGCUGCUGUUUUCUUUGCCAUAAUAGCUUCACCCUUUCCUGAGAAACUUCCACUUUGA